AUGGAAACAACUUUCUCUUCAACGACUGCAGUAGGGUACUGGAACCAUGCUUGUAAUUCGGCAGAACCUUUGUUCCUGAGAGGAGUGGAGAAUCGCGAUCGGAAUCCGUGUUCACUCUCCAUCUUGCGCUCUUGCAAGUUUGUGCAACUAUCACUUCGAACGAGGAAGAGUUCUCUCUUUAAGGUUUUAUCUGCUGAAAGGGAACAAGUUAACGUUGUAGUGGGAAGGCCUGCCAUUGCUCUUGUUUCACCUGUUCUUGAUCCAUCAAAUUUACAGCUCGUGGAUGGAACAAUCACAGAAUCCUUGCAAGCUGAUUCACUCUACAUUGCAUGGAAAAGAUUUGGCCUGGCUGGUCCUCCAGGUGCUGGAAAAAGCACUCUAGCAUAUGAAGUAGCCAGACGCAUAAACCAACUUUGGCCAGAGAAAGCUCCUUCCUUUGACUCUAAGAUGCAACCUCCAGAUGUUGCGAUUGUGGUUCCCAUGGAUGGUUUUCAUCUUUAUCGUUCUGAACUAGAUGCAAUGGAGAAUCCUGAGGAAGCACAUGCCAGAAGGGGAGCUCCCUGGACAUUCAAUCCACUGCGACUACUUACAUGUCUCAAGAAUCUAAGAAUUAAUGGAUCAGUUUAUGUACCAUCAUUUGACCAUGGUGUUGGGGACCCAGUGGAAGAUGACAUCUUUGUGAACCUCCAGCACAAGGUUGUUAUUGUAGAAGGUAACUAUUUGCUCUUGGAAGAUGGGGUAUGGAAGGAAAUAUCAUCUUUGUUUGACGAGAAAUGGUUUAUUGAUAUUGACAUUGACAAAGCAAUGCAGCGAGUUUUAAAGAGGCACAUUUCAACUGGCAAACCUCCAGACAUUGCUAAACAACGGAUAGAGAACAACGACAGGCUCAACGCAGAACUUAUAAUGAAGUCCAAGAAAAAUGCUGAUAUAGUUAUCAAUGGAUCCAAGUUCAUACCAGACAUGAAAGCCACUGCUAGCUCUGUUUUUGGGUGUGUCGGGGGAUCUCAACAAACGACAUUAUCUGAAAACUUGAGGAUAGGAAAUGAAAGUAUUGAGUCCUUCACCGCAGUGUUGUUGGUAACCUUAUCUGUAUGUACACUUCCUUUAUGCGUAUUUCCCCAAUUCAGGGACAAAUCUAAUCGCAGUGAUUGA